AGGCAAGCCGCCUCUUCUGCCUCUUCUUGCAUCCACGCUGCGUCCAUUUUCACAACACACAGGUUGGCGAUCGCAAAGCACCAUCCCAAGCUCGCAAAACACGCAAAACACAAAACACCUCUACAAGAGCCACCAACCAAGCCCACCACCAUGCGCCGCCGAUCGACGAGUGCAAAGAUGCUGCUGCUGCUGUUUGCUGUGGCUCUUGGCUGCACGAGCAGCCUGCUGCACACCGCCGUGGCUGCUGAGCCCGCGCGCUGUGCCAUGCCGCCCGUCGCCACCGACAAGGCUGACGCCAAGGCCGCGGAGGCUCAGGCAGAUGCCGCAAAGCGCGAGGCGCUGUUCAAGGGCGAGGGCCACGAGACCAUGCGUCGCCAAGUCGCAGACUACCUCGACACGUACACCAUCGAAGAGAUCGACAUCCCCAUCAACUACAUUGUCAUCUUCGAGGAGGACGGCACGGGCUGGGUCCCCGAGGGCCAGCUUGAGAACCAGACCACCGUCAUGAACGAGCGCUUUGCGGGCCAGGGCGUCGAUGCAUCAAAGGACACCGGCAUGCGCUUUUACACCGCCAACAUCACCUACAUCAACAACACGUUGCUGGCCUACUACUGCGGCGACGCCAGCCUGUACACCAUCCCCCGCUACGAGCUCAUCGACGACGCUUCAGAGGCCCUCCACGUGCUGGUGUGCCCCUCUGACUACUUCCUCGGCGUCGCCGUGUUCCCCUGGGAUGCCCCCGAGGACUCCCCCAUGCACGCCAUCAACCUGCACUACGGCACGCUGCCCGGCGGCUUCAUCACCUCUUACAACGCAGGCUACACGCUUGUGCACGAGGCUGGGCACUACUUUGGCCUGCUGCACACCUUCCAAGGAACCACCUGCUCACGUCGUGGCGGCGAUUUCAUUCGGGACACCCCUGCCCAGAAGUAUCCCACGAACGGCUGUCCGGCAGAGGUGGAUGCUGACACGUGCCCACACCGCCGUGGCUACGACAACAUCCACAACUUUAUGGACUACUCGUACGAUGAGUGUCUUGACCGCUUCAGCCGCUGGCAGGUCGUGUACAUGCGCUUCUACACCAACCUCUUCCGCCCCACGCUUGUGAACACCGGUCGUGUUGUCGAGACAAGCGCGCAGACGUGUGCUGACCUCGGCUGGACCGCCGACGGCGACGUGUGCGUGCAGACACGCUUCGAGUCGGCCCAGUGCACAACGGGCACAUGGUACGACAACCACUACCUGUGCGAGAGCAUUGGCGCGCGCAUGUGUUCGCAGGAGGAGCUCCUCAACCUCGACAUUGGCGGGCGCUGCCGCCGCCUUCUUCGUGGUCACAGCGUGUGGUCCACUGAGCUCUGCCCCAACGACAUUCGUGGCGUUGUCGAGCUCACCAAGAACAACGGCCGCACCCCAGGUUGCCGCGACGCGUUUGUGGGUGACGCCACCAUGGCCUGCUGUGCUGAUGUCGGCUUGCCUUAAGCGGAGAUGCUCAAAUGUCACCCAAUGCACUGACUUCACUUCAGCACCAGUGAGUGCAGCCCCUCCCGACUUCCUUGCGCAUGCAUGUUCAUUGCGCCCAUACGUUGCUCUGCCUGCUGUUCGUCCUGCUGUUUUGCUUGCUCUUGUUUUGUGAACCACAUGCAUCUUUCCGUUUCGCAUGGAGCCGCACUCAGGCGACCUUGUGUUCAUCGCCGCCAUUCUUCAGAUGUGUUUUGCCUCACCUCGCCCUCCUCCAAACGACAGUCGCUCAUGCUUGCCUGUACGCAUUUGUAUGUGUGCUGUCCUUUCUGCGUCCAUGUACUCCUUUCGUCCCCCCCCCCCAAAUGCACAUACAUAUGUUGUUGUGUUCAAGCGGAGCGUUUACUGACGACGACUGAUGAUGGAAGAGCGUGAACUAACACAGAUGCAAAGGAACAAUGGGGUGGGAGGGGGAACACGUGCACCAAGGCCAAUGAAUGAUGACGAUAAGGCAA